CAAUACAUGGUAUUUUCCCCCGUAAGCGAGGAUCAGCUAGCGACAAUUGAUACACUUCGUGAUAACCACUACAAACAACUCCGCUUCACUUACUUCCAAGACCAGCACACAUUAAUUGUUAAAGUUGGCAUGCCUGGAGGAGUUCAUGGACAAGCUACAGAGGACUUUUCAUACAUGCUUCGGAAGAAGACCAUUCCGAUGAACCUCGCUCGUGAGCUUAAAAAUAUGGGCAGUACGAGGUAUCAAGCCAUUACAAGUUCUAAUGAAGCGGAUUCAGCCUUCAGACCCUCAUCGUCCCGCCCUACCAUAGCCCACUGGCCAACUGUAGUGAUUGAGUGUGGGGUUUCAGAAGGAUUGAACCAGUUGAAGAUGGAUGCUUGCUGGUGGCUAAACAGCUCCUCUGGAGAUGUCAAUAUUGUUCUCAUCAUAGCAAUCAAGCAAGCAAACAAAGUAAUACAUAUUGAAAAAUGGGAAAUGGUCACAGUACCAAAUGAACAGGAUAUACAAGGCAGUGCCAAUGAUUUUCGCAAGACUCCUGCCCACACUGGAGAGGUUGAUAUCUUAUGGCCCAUUGCUGCCACUGGUUCAUUGACACUCGAGUUUGAGAAAGUUUUCCUCCGCUUACCUGUUCCUGAUACCUCAGAGGGUGACAUAAUUUUUUCUGUGGCAGAUCUCGAAGAGUGGGCAACAGAUAUCUGGAGUGCGCUACCA